UUAUAGCUUCUUCGCGAAGCUUCGUAUUCUAUGUCCAUGGAGUAAAUCUCGCUUUUUUUCUUCAUGGCCAUGUGAAUUUGCAAUUUCCUGUCUCAUUGGUCCAAGUAAACUCUUCUUUCUGAUCAUUGUGAACCUUUUCUGCCGGGAUCUAAUCGGAAAGUUUGAAACUUCACGCCGUUCUUAACUUGAAUGCACGAUUCUAGGGUUUUUUCUUUCACUUUCUAAUCUAUUCUCUUAUCAUCUAAGCUUGUUUCGGUUUAAUUUGUAAACCCAUUUGCAAGAAGGAACAAAUUUUACAGGGUUUGAGAGAUUCUCAGAUAUGGAUAAAGAUAGAUCUUCCAUUCAUGGUGGGAGUUUACUACCGCCGCCUCCUCCUUUGAGACGGAAUUCUGGGUAUUCGUCAUCUGGAAAUGUUAAACCAGAGCCGCCGCCUUCACCGGGAUUGCCUCCGUUGGCUCCAGGAAGUGGUUCAGAAUUAUCAGGUUUUGGUCAUGGGAUGUGUUCUAAUUCAGAUGGUGGUCGUCGAUUUAGCUCUGAUAUUAUUAGUAAAAUGCCGGAUAACCCACCAAAGACUUUAGGUCAUAGGCGUGCACAUUCGGAGAUUCUUACUUUACCAGAUGAUAUCAAUUUUGAUAGUGAUCUUGGUCUUUUAGGAGGGUUUGAUGGACCUUCUUCAUUUUCUGAUGAUACUGAUGAAGACUUGUUAGCAAUGUAUCUUGAUAUGGAUAAGUUUGCUUCAUCAUCUUGUGCUACAUCUGCUUUGGAAGCUGGUGAAUCAUCUUCUUCAGUAGCUGCAGCUGCGGCUUUCUUGGUUACUGAACAUGUUCCAGGAGAAAAUAUGUUUUCAGAAGAUGGAAUUGAACAGAAGACGAGAGUUAGACGAAAUCAUCAGCACAGUCUGUCUAUGGAUGGUUCGAUGACAAUUAAGCCGGAAAUGCUCAUGUCUGGUAUAGAUGAGGAAUCUGCACUUGAUGCUAAGAAAUCUAUGUCUGCUGCUAAGCUUGCAGAACUUGCUCUUGUUGAUCCAAAACGUGCUAAAAGAAUCUGGGCAAAUAGACAGUCAGCUGCGAGGUCCAAGGAAAGGAAGAUGAGGUAUAUAUCUGAGCUUGAACGCAAGGUGCAAACCUUACAAACCGAAGCUACAACAUUAUCAGCUCAAUUUACUCUGUUGCAGAGAGAUACAAAUGGUCUGAAUGUAGAAAACUCGGAAUUAAAACUCCGUGUGCAAACAAUGGAGCAACAGGUUCACCUGCAAGAUGCACUAAAUGAAGCAUUGAAAGAUGAGAUUCAACAUCUGAAAGUUGUGACUGGUCAAGCUUUUGUUCCUAAUGGUGGACAAAUGAUGAUGAAUUACCUCCCAUCACCGGCUUUUGGAGGAGUUGGCCAGCAAUUUUACAACAAUAACAACAACAACAAUCAUCUCUUAGCAGCCCGGCAGUUUCAACAGCUCCAGAUUCAUUCGCAGAAGCAACAUCAGCAGCAGUUUCAGCAGAUUCAACAGCAACAGUUGCAGCAGCAGCAGAUGAUUCAACAGCAAGAACAACAAGAUCCGAGAAUGAUCAGGAUGAACUCUCCGCCUUGUCAGACCCAGAAACAAAAUGCAAACGCCUCCAAAGAUUGAUUGACAACAAACAACAUCGAUAAUGAAUAUAUUAUUACCAAUCCAUUUUGAAAGAUAUGUUAUCAUUAUUACCAUUUUGUAAGAUUACUUGGGGUUUAUAGUCUUUUUGGUUUUACUUUUAUCAUCUUAUUCUUUCUUUUAUUAUUAGACAGUGACUUGGUAAAAACAGAUGAAGAAUUAUAUCAAAUUUUAUGUUGUUUAUUCUUGCAUUGUUUU